AUGGAAGGAGAGAACCAAAUUUGGGAUCUUAAAUGUCCCCUGAUUCCAUCGGGCCUGGAGCCAGUAACUGCAAAUUUCACUUCCCUUGAAGUUACAUCCGUUAAUGUCCCUCCGGAUUCUGCAAUAAUCGAAGCAGUUCAGGCUUCAAGUUCAACAGACAAAAUUGACUUGAGUUUCACUUUUGGCAAUGUAAGCCACCUUGACCAUGUGGAAAUGUACUUCACUGAACCAUUUCUGGAAAAUGGUGCUACCAGAUCAUUCAAUGUAAUUGUGAACAAUGAUUUCGUAAAUUCUACCAGCCCAGAAUAUCAGAAAUGUCUCAGCAUAUGGGCAAAUGCCCUGUCUCUCGAUGCUUUGAAUGUUCAGCUAGCACCAACUGAUGAUUCCACAUUGCCUCCAAUAAUAAGCGCCAUAGAAGUUUACACUAUUAGUGAACCUCUUGUCACUGCAACUACAUCACAAAACGACUUGGAUGGAUUAGGAGAGUUCGUUGACAACUUUGAACAGCUGAAGGGAUGGAGCGGGGAACCUUGUCUCCCUAAUGACACCAUCUGGCAAUGGUUAAACUGCAGCGGCGAUCAACCUCCAAGAGUAACUUCAAUAUAUCUCUCUGGAUAUGGUCUCCAAGGUUCUCUCCCAGAUUUCAGCCAAAUGGAUGCCCUUGAAAUAAUAGAUCUGCAUAAUAACAGACUUAAUGGCGAAAUUCCAGAAUUUCUUGGAAAGCUGCCUAACCUACGGCGACUUGACCUCCGUGAUAAUGAUUUUUCUGGCAAUGUUCCAGAAACUAUAACUGAUAACAGGCAAAUCAAAUACAUGAUAGAUGGGAAUGAGAAUUUAAAUCACCGAAAAAACAAAAAGGCUGAGAAAAUUGUGGCCUAUGUCCUUGCAUCAGUAAUAGGAGUGUUUAUUGGUUUUUACUGUGUUGGGAAAUAUUAUGAACAAAGACAAACUCCUCAAACUCAAGGACAAAUAGCACAAGUCAGAGUGGAGAAUACUCCAGAACCAUGGCCAACCUCUCGAGAACGACUGGAGGUUACAGUGCGGGAGACUGUGGAGGUAAAUCACGUCAACAUGAGAAGAUACUGA